AGAGCACCACACGGUCUUCUCCCUCCCAGUGUCUCUCUACCACCAUCCUGCUUCUACACUCUUGUUACCUAGCUACUUGUUGCCUCCUCGCUCUCAGCCUUGUCUCCUCCCACGCACACAAGCUCUACUGGGCUGCCUUUUGCAGACACCCACGUGCACACAUUGUGAACGAGCUAGAGAUCCACCAGGGCACCGGCAUUGCCGCCGGCAGGUAGGAGCUAGAGCUCAGAGGAGAUGUCCAGCCGGCGGUCGCGGUCGAGGGCGUCGUCCGGCGGCGCGUCGCGGAUCAGCGACGAGCAGAUCAGCGAUCUCGUCGCCAAGCUGCAGGCGCUCCUCCCCGAGGCCCGCCUCCGGAGCAACGACAGGGUGCCGUCGGCGAGGGUGCUGCAGGAGACGUGCAGCUACAUCCGGAGCCUCCACCGCGAGGUCGACGACCUCAGCGACCGCCUCUCCGAGCUGCUCGCCACCGCCGACGUGAGCACCGCGCAGGCCGCCGUCAUCCGCAGCCUCCUCAUGUAGCUGCCCGCCUGGCGGAUCCGUCAGGCCGUGUCGGACCACUUGAAUUCUGGGCAUCAUGUUUAGGCAUCCAUUGAGCUUGACAAAGCUCAGUGACCAUCGGAAGUCAAUUUGUAGCUUAGAGACAGAGAGGAGAGAGAAUGUUCUGGUCAGGAUCAUCGGCUACGUUAAUAAAUUAAAUCUUUUCCUAGAGUCAGUUAAAUAAUUGAAUUCGCUACCUAGUAAUUUCUAUGUAACUUGAACUGUCAGUAUUCAUUUUUGCCGCGUGAAGUUUUGCACGUAUGCUGUUUGCCA